CCGGGCCGCAGCUGAUCGGGGGACACGUAUCCGUGCGCUGACUCAGACCUGGGCCGGUGGUGACUGCAACACAAGCAGGUGGACACAUGAGCGGAGGAGGGGGGCUGAGGAGGAGCGGGGCGAGAGUUUGACCCACGGGCAUCAUGAGGAGGACGCCCGCCGUGCCAGCCGGCGGCCCUGCUCUGUGGUGGCACGACCGGCCCGCCCUCAGCCUCAUCUGACCGCCUGCUGGGCUCGGAAGCGAAUGGAAACCCCCACGGCGUGAAAAGAUGCGGCUCUGGUGGAUUUUACUGUCUGGGUUCUGGCGCGCGUGCGGGGAGCUGCCGUUCAUAGCGGAGAACAACGCGGCCAUGCUGGUCAACUGGAACGCUGUUGAUGGGAACAAAAAGCUCUACGCCAUUUACGAUACAAGCGUCAACGAACCGGGGAACAUGUCUUUCGUCAAAGAGACAGUGGACAAACUGCUGAAGGGAUACGACAUCCGGCUGCGGCCGGACUUUGGAGGUCCACCGGUUGCUGUCGGCAUGAGUCUAGACGUGGCCAGUAUCGACAUGGUGUCAGAAGUCAACAUGGACUACACGCUGACUAUGUACUUCCAGCAGUACUGGAGAGAUAAGAGACUGGCCUACGCUGGGAUCCCUCUCAACCUGACGUUAGACAACAGAGUAGCAGACCAGCUAUGGGUUCCGGACACCUACUUCCUUAAUGACAAGAAGUCCUUUGUGCACGGUGUCACUGUGAAGAACCGCAUGAUUCGACUCCACCCAGAUGGCACCGUCCUCUACGGCCUCAGAAUCACAACAACAGCAGCGUGCAUGAUGGAUCUGCGGCGGUACCCGCUGGAUGAACAGAAUUGCACUCUGGAAAUUGAGAGCUAUGGUUACACAACGGACGAUAUUGAAUUCUACUGGAAAGGAGGAGAAACUGCUGUGACGGGUGUGACACGCAUUGAGCUUCCUCAGUUCUCCAUAGUAGACUACAAACUGGUGUCCAGGAACGUGGUCUUUUCCACAGGUGCCUACCCUCGGCUGUCUCUGAGCUUCAAGCUGAAGCGAAACAUCGGCUACUUCAUCCUGCAGACGUACAUGCCCUCCAUCCUCAUCACUAUUCUGUCCUGGGUGUCGUUCUGGAUAAAUUAUGACGCCUCGGCUGCCAGAGUUGCAUUAGGGAUCACCACUGUCCUGACUAUGACAACCAUCAACACCCAUUUGAGAGAGACCCUGCCCAAGAUCCCCUACGUCAAAGCUAUAGACAUGUACCUGAUGGGCUGCUUCGUCUUCGUCUUCCUGGCUUUGCUGGAAUAUGCCUUUGUCAACUACAUCUUCUUUGGAAGAGGCCCGCAGAUGCAGAAGAAACUGGCCGAGAGGGCACAGAAGGCAAAUAAUGACCGGAAUAAAUUUGACAGGCCCAAGUCUGGCUUGGAAGGCGGCAAUUGCAAGUCUUCGUCUUUAAAACAGUCCAAUCAGGUACAAGGGCACCGUCACUCACGAGGGGUCGACUCCCAGGGGAACAUUUUGCUGACAACCUUGGAGAUUCACAACGAGGUGGGCGGGAAUGAAAUCACGACCACCGUGACCGAGACUCACAACUCCACGUCCAUGGUGUUCGACAACUCGGGGGUCCAGUACAGGAAGCCGAGUGGGCCGCGCGAGCCGGGCCGCCACAGCAUGGACAGGAACGCGCAUCUAAAGAAGACGCGCCUACGGAGACGGUCGUCUCAGCUCAAAAUCAAAAUCCCGGACCUCACUGACGUGAACGCCAUUGACAGAUGGUCACGGAUAAUAUUCCCCUGCACCUUCUCCCUCUUCAACCUUAUCUAUUGGCUUUAUUAUGUCAAUUAAUGCACUGAUGUUUUUUUAAACCCAUUUCUGGCUCAUUCUUGUUUUUGAAUGAGCGAAGACAAUAUGGUGUCAUUCUUAUGAACAUUUUUUACAACAUAAAGUCCAGACUUUGAUGAGAGAACUGAGACACUCUGGCUCCGUGCCUCUGAUUGUGCACAGCCACAAGGAUUUACCUACAGACAUUCAGUCCUGCUACGUUUGAUAUUAUGGGUUGAUCUGUCUUAUGUCAGAGUAUUUACACUCCUUCUUUACACAUGUAACCAUAAUUUCUCUUUGGGAAAUGUAGUGUACUGUACCUGGUUGCUUUCCUGCUGAGAGUCAAAUGAGACGAGAUUAAAUAUGAAAGCUAAUAGUCCAGCUUUUUAAAGGACUAACAGAAAUUCUAUGUAGCCUAGUUAGUAGCAGACUCACUGACAAGCUGCAAGCAUUCAGCAGCUCUAAUCAUUAAUUCAAUCAUUAAUUAGAAUGCUUCAAGUUAAGUAGCAGAACAGUGGGUCUCACUCACUUACUCGUCUUCAGCUGCUUUAUCCUCGCAUGGCUCGUGUGCCGGAGCCCAUCCCAGCAGCCGCCAGUCCAUCACAGGGCCACAGCCACUCAUAACCCAGGGCCUUCUGCCAUCAGGCUGCAAGGCAAGAAAAAGACCUCAGAAAACCUUCGUCAUUAAGUUGGAGUUUGUACGGUAUACUGAUGAAUACCACCGUCUUCCCAACCUAAAAGCAAAUUGUGGGUGAUGAGUGUGCAGGGAACAGGGAUUCCUUACUGAAAUGAUAUAGAAAGCAGAAAAUGGUGGAGCCAGUUUUAUUAAUUAGUCAAUUUGAUUUGACUAAGUGAGGCGCAAUGUUCCUCCAUUCACAUCCUUCCAUGCUAAGCUAGGCUACGCUGCAGUACAUGCAAGCUAAUACCUUUAUGGUAUAACCACUACAGUCCUGUGACUUUAUUCAUCUGACUUGUGUGAAUGCAGAGGAUUAUUUCCCAAAAGAUGUGUUACUUUAAUGUUCACAUUAUACCAAGUAUAAAACAGUAAAGUUCCUUGGUCUUCAGAGAGACCGUGUAAAAUGUCUGAUCACUAACUUCAUGUUUUUGUCAGUUAAUUUAUUCUGUACAGCAUAAUUCACACGGUGACUUUCAUGCAGCCUCAUUGUUACAGAUUUGCUCAGAUUUCCUUGUAAUGUAAAUACUGUACUAUUCUUUCAGCUCACGUCAGUGACAUGGAUAUGUUGUCACCUGUGUUUUGCUCAGUGAUUCAUGGCCACGUUUUAUGUUUCGUCAGCCCCACGUACGAUUAUGACCAUUUUCUUUGUGUUGUAAAUAUAAAACGCAGUGUCACA